AUGGACAAGUCUUGGAUGUUCAAGGAUAGAAGAUCAAAAGACUAUGAGAAUGGAGUUGAACAAUUUCUUAAUUUUGCUAUGAUCCAUGCAAUUGAUUUUCAAUCCAUACGUUGUCCUUGUAGAGUCUAUGGAAACUUGAGAAGCCAACCUAUUCGAGUGAUUAGAAAUCAUCUAUUUUUCAAUGGUAUUGACCAAAGUUAUACCACAUGGAUGUGGCAUGGAGAAACAGUCACCAGUGGGGCAUCACCAUGUUUAAAUGAACAAGAUAUUUCCCAACAACAAUUUGACAUGUCUCCUAUAGACAAUGUAGCUGAAACAAUAGAAAUGGUACAAGAUGCAUACGAUCGUUGCAUGGCUGAUCCUGAAGUGUUUAAGAAAUUACUUGAAGAUGCGGAAAAACCAUUAUAUCCAGGUUGCACAAAGUUUACCAAGUUAUCUGCAUUUGUUAAACUGUAUAACUUCAAGGCUACAAAUGGCCUAUCUCCCACUGGGUUUUCAGAUCUAUUGACGUUGUUGGGUGAUAUGCUGUCAAUGAACAAUGAAAUACCAUCAUCCAUGUAUGAGGCUGGGGAGACGUUUGCUGCAUUGGGAAUGGGAUAUAAGAAAAUACAUGCAUGUCCAUCUGAUUGCAUACUCUAUAGAAAGGAGUACACAGAUGUAACUUUAUGUCCUACAUGUGGUACAUCGAGAUGGAAGUUGAAGAAGAAUUCCACUGAAAUUAGAAAAGAUGUGCCUGCAAAAGUUUUAUGUGAAGGAACAUGUUCUCACAGAUUAAAAUAUGGAAAGAAGAACACAUAUGCUGGCCACAGAAAAUUUCUUCUGCGGUACUAUCCAUAUCGGAGGCAAAAAAAGGCUUUUAAUGGUGAGCAAGAGUUUGGAUUAGCUCCAAUACCAUUAAGUGGGGAGGAGAUAUUAAAUAAGGUUAAAGGGCUUGUAACCAUAUGGGGAAAGAGAAAUAAAAAAGCAUUAGAUGUUGGUGGUACAAAAUGUUGGAAGAAGAAAUCAUUGUUCUUUAAUCUUGAAUAUUGGAAGUACUUACAUUUUCGAUAUAAUUUGGAUGUUAUGCAUAUUGAGAAGUAUGUGUGUGAGAGCCUCAUUGUGCAUCUUGUUAGAGAAGUUCGACUUUGUGGGCCAGUUCACUUUAGAUGGAUGUACCAAUUUGAGAGGUUCAUGAAGAUCUUAAGGGGUUAUGUUCGUAAUUGUAAUUGUCCUGAAGGUUGCAUUGUUGAAAGUUAUAUUGUAGAAGAAGCUGUUGAGUUCUGCGCAAAGUACUUAUCUGGAGUGGAUGCAAUCGGGAUUCUUUCUAAUAGGAACAUAACAGUUGAUGAUGAUAUAGAAAUUGGAAGGCCUUUAUCAAGUGGUUAUGUUGUUACUGUUAAUCGUAAUGAAUAA